AUGGCCGAAGUCAAGUGGACCGGGCCCCGUGUCCGCAAGACGUUCCUGGACUACUUUGCAGAGAGGGGUCAUACAAUCGUGCCGUCGUCGUCGGUCGUCCCUCACAAUGACCCCACCUUGCUGUUCACGAAUGCGGGCAUGAACCAAUUCAAACCCAUUUUCCUCGGCACAAUUGGCAAGGCUGAGCCUAUGGCCCAGCUGAAGCGUGCGGUUGAUACACAGAAGUGCAUCCGUGCCGGUGGCAAACACAAUGACCUCGAUGAUGUCGGCAAGGACAGCUACCACCAUACAUUCUUCGAGAUGCUGGGGAACUGGUCCUUUGGUGACUACUUCAAAAAGGAGGCUAUUCAAUGGUCGUGGGAGCUCUUGACCAAGGUCUACGGGCUGGACCCCAACCGACUCUACGUCACAUACUUCGAAGGCAACCCUGAGAUGCAGCUCGAGCCGGAUCUCGAGGCGAAACAGUUGUGGCUCGAAGUUGGUGUCCCCGAGGACCACAUUUUGCCGGGAAAUAUGAAGGACAACUUCUGGGAGAUGGGUGACCAAGGGCCGUGCGGUCCCUGCAGUGAGAUACACUACGACAAGGUUGGCGGCCGGAAUGCUGCGCACCUCGUGAACCAGGAUGACCCCCUGGUUGUGGAGGUAUGGAACAACGUUUUCAUGCAGUUCGACCGCCAGAAGGACAAGUCUCUCAAGCCUCUCCCCGCGAAGCACAUCGAUACCGGCAUGGGCUUCGAACGGUUGGUGUCUGCUCUCCAGGACAAGACAUCUAACUACGCUACCGAUAUCUUCACCCCCUUAUUCGCGAGGAUACAGGAGGUGACUGGUGCUCGGCCGUACUCUGACAAGUAUGGGAAAAACGAUGUGGAUGGGAUCGAUACUGCAUAUCGUGUCGCCGCCGACCAUAUUCGUCUACUAGCGUUCGCUAUUGCUGACGGAGCUGCUCCCAACAACAUCGGCCGGGGUUAUGUUGUUAGACGAGUCCUUCGGAGAGGCGUGCGGUACGCCCGGAAGUACUUCCAGGCCGAAAUCGGCACCUUCUUCUCCAGCAUCCUGCCGGCACUGGUAGAGCAGAUGGGCGAGCAAUUCCCAGAGCUCAAGAAGAAGCAAGACGACAUCAAGGAGAUACUCGACGAGGAGGAAGUGGCUUUCGCCGUCACGCUGGAUCGGGGAGAGAAACAGUUCGAAAAGUAUGCCGCGCUUGCCGUCAAAGCCGGUCAGAACAAGCUCUCCGGUGCUGAUGUUUGGAGGCUCUACGACACCUUCGGCUUUCCCGAAGAUCUUACGAAGCUCAUGGCUGAGGAGCGUGGUCUCACCAUCGACGAGAAUGAGGUGGAGAUCGCCCGCGAAAAGGCGAGGGAGGCGAGCAAGGCUGUCAAGGAGGCAGUCCAGACGUUCCCAAAGCUCAACGUGCACCAAAUUGCAGAGCUGGAGAACACCAUCAAGCUUCCCAGACCGGACUCGGAAGCCAAGUAUCAGAAAGGUGACAUAAAGGUAAAGGCUAAGGUGCAGCUCAUCUUCAACGGGACCGAGUUCCGUACAACCAGCAAGGAACUCCCGCCGAAGACACCCCUCGGUCUGCUGCUCGACAAGACCAAUUUCUACGCGGAGUCAGGCGGCCAGGUUGCGGAUACUGGUCGGAUCCUCAUUGACGGCGUUGCCGAGUUCAAAGUUCUCGAUGUGCAGGAGUAUGGCGGUUACAUUGUCCACAACGGCUACCUUGAGUACGGCGAGCUCACCGCAGGCGACGAAGUAAUCUGCGAGUAUGACGAGCUGCGGCGCCAGCCCAUCCGAAACAACCACACCGGCACGCAUAUUCUUAACCAUGCGCUGAGAGAAGUGCUUGGCGACGAGGUCCACCAAAAGGGGUCGCUGGUCGACCAAGAUAAGUUACGCUUCGAUUUCAGCCACAAGAGCCAAGUUACAUUGGAGGAAAUUAAGAAGAUCGAGGACAUGUCGAACGAGGACAUCCGGAGGAACCUCAAGACCUACUACAAAGAUGUCGACCUUGACCUGGCGCGCGAGAUUGAAGGUGUCCGCGCCGUUUUCGGCGAGACGUACCCUAACCCAGUCCGCGUCGUGUCCAUCGGUGUUGAUGUGGAUAAGCUUCUCAAGGAGCCCAAGAAUCCCGAGUGGCGCAAGGUCAGCGUCGAGUUUUGCGGCGGCACACAUGUCGAAUCGACAGGUCAGAUCAAAGACUUGAUUAUAGUGGAGGAGAGUGGCAUCGCCAAGGGCAUCCGGCGUAUCGUUGCGUACACGGGUGACGGUGCCCACCAGGCUCAGCGUGACGCCAAGGUGUUCAGCGAGAAGCUCGACCACAUCCAGGCAUUGGAGUUUGGGACCCAAAAAGCUGCGGAGAUCAAGGCUGCUGCUGUCGAACUCGAUGCGCUCGCCAUCUCUGCCCUGACCAAGGAGGAGUUGCGGCAGCGCUUCACCAAGAUCCAGAAAGAGAUCGUUGACGAGCAGAAGAAGCGGCAGAAGGCCGAGAGCAAGACGGCGCUUGACACUGUCCAGGGCCACUUCAAGAAGGAGGAGAACAAGGACGCCAAGUUCUUCGUCGGCCACCUCCCCAUCUCAGCUAAUGCCAAGGCCAUCUCCGAUGUCAUAACAUACUACAAGUCCAAGGACAAGGAGCGGACCGUCUAUGUCUUUGCAGGUAGCAAGGACGAUGCCGUUAUGCAUGGUGUCUACGUCGGCACGCACCUCGCGUCCAAGGGCAUCACGGCCGAACAAUGGACGGCGGCCGUCACAGAGGUCAUUGGCGGCAAGACGGGCGGUAAGGAGCCCAGCCGGCAGGGCGCUGGUGCUGAACCCGCCAAGCUCGACGAGGCUGUCGAGAAGGCGGAGCGGUGGCUGGCUGAGAAGAUGAAGGAGCUCAGUAUCUGA